AUGGCCCCCGACGAGAACACAUCUUCUCACGGCACCACCGCUGGUAUUUUGGCCGAGUACUAUGUUCUAUUUCUCAUUGCCUCCGCUCUCAUCGCGGUGAGAAUAUACGUGCGGCUUCGCGUGGCCAAGAAUUGGGGUUGGGAUGACUAUUACAUCAUUGUCGCAUGGAUGGAGGCUAAUCUUGGCCUCGGCCGUCAUCUCCACACUCUAGAGGAUCCGGAAGACAAAGAGCUUGGCAUUCUCAAAUUCAACACCUUCUUCCAGAUGGUCAAUGUGCUCUGCACCUUGUUCACCAAAUGCUCCAUCAGUAUUUUUAUUCUUCGAAUUCGGGACAGCAAACGGCUCCGCUGGGUAUUGGGGCUGCUCAUGGCCUUGAUGACCUUGGCCACGAUUGUAGUCAUAGUUGUUCUCUCCGUCUCGUGUAUCCCACUGCAGAGGCUUUGGGACAAGCAUGUUGCAGGAAUCUGUAUUCCUCUCGUAACCGUCUACAACGUCGCUUACGUCCAAUCCGGCUUCACGAUUGUCAUUGAUCUCUGUUUAACGACGGCGCCUGUUCUCAUUCUGUGGAAUGUAAAGGUAAAACGGGGUCGCAAGACGUUUAUUUGCCUCUUGAUGAGUUUAGGUCUCAUCGCCACCGUCUCUAAUGCUCUCCGGAACUACUUUCAAAAUGGGUUGACCACGCCCGAUAUGACAUAUGAUAUGACCGGCGUCACUGUUCUCGCUAUUCUUGAGCUUUGCUCCGGUAUUAUUGCCGCUAAUAUCCCUGCCUGUAUGCCGCUGUUCACACGGCGACAGAAGACGGUGCGCACGGCGACUUGCCUCCCUAACGGAGGCGGAGGCUACAUGAUGAAUACGAAAUCCGCUGCUUUGGACACGCCGUCUAGCUCUAUUCGAAAUCAUGAAAGCCUGGAUGCAGAAGACAACGCCUCCAUUCGACAACUUACUCAACCGUCGAAAGUGGCUAUGCUUGGGCCACACGCCGUUUAG